GAUCAAGAGAGAAAAAUGAAGAGGUUUCUGAAUGCACUUAAUGCUGGAGAGGAAACAACGGUGGACCCCGAGGACACACCUGAAGUGUAUUUAUUACAGAGGCCAGUGAGAAAGUGGGAAUACUUGUGCUGUAGAGCUUCACCGGGAUCAGACGUGGAAAAUCAUGCUGUGUGUGUCCAGGGCACAGAACCGGCUCUGGUUCAACCCGCAGAGGUUCCUCAGGACCAGGUCAUGGAUUCUGUGACUCCGGCUGACGAGAAGAUGCAGAAGCUUGUGGUGUGCAGUACUCAGCUGGAGGAGAGCAUGAGGGAGCUGGAGGAACUGCUCUGUGAGGCAUGCAGAGAUGACUUGGAAAGCAAGAGUUCCAUAGCAAAACUUGAGGAGAAACACCAGAAGGCUGAGGAGACCAUUGCUCAGCUGGAGGCAGAGAAGGCGAUCCUGACCAACCAGGUGGAGAAACUCCAAGGAACAUUGCAGAACAUGGGGAACAUGCUCACUGAGACUCACAGGGAGUGUGAUGAGCUAACAGAUGAGUAUGAGCGAGAGCAGGAGGCUCACAGUAUCCUCCAGAAGGAGAGCGAUGAGAUGAAGGAGACUCUGACGCAAAAGGAGGAGUUACUACAGGUCUCAUUGGCUGAAGCUGAGGAGAAAUACCAGAAGGCUGAGGAGUCCAUUGCUCAGCUGGAGGUGGAGAAGGCGAACCUGACCAAUCAGGUGGAGAAACUGCAAGAAAAAGUGCAGAACAUAGAGAACAUGCUCACUGAGAGUCGCAGGGAGUGUGAAGCACUAAUGAACGAGUAUGAGCGAAAGCAGGAGGCUCACAGCAUCCUCAAGGAGCUUGAGAUGAAGAACAAUGAGAUGAAGCAGACUCUGAUGGAAAAAGAGGAAUUACUGAAGGAGCUUGAGAUGAAGAACAAUGAGAUGAAGCAGACUCUGAUGGAAAAAGAGGAAUUACUGAAGACUCCCUGCCAGAAACUAAGGAGCAACACCAGAAGGCUGUUUCAGAGGCAAAGGCAGAGAUCUACGUCCUGAUUAAUCAAAUAAAGACCCUGAUACAGCGGGGGAAAUAAGUAUUGGACGCAUCAACACUUUUUUCACAUUUUGUUUU